AUGAACUCUUUUCGAACUAUUGCCUUAGACAAUCUUUCCUUCCCAGCAAAAAAAACUAGGGGAAAGACCACCAAGAAGUGCCCUCAGCAUGCAACUUCUGUAUUCACCAUGUUUGAUCAGUCAUAAAUUCAGGAGUUUAAGGAGGCCUUCAGCAUGAUCAAUCAGAACCAUGAUGGCUUCAUUGAUAAGGAGGAUUUGCAUGAUAUGUUAGCUUCACUAGGUUAUAUCCAGGAAGACUACUUGAGAGAUCUGUUGACAACAAUGGGUGAUCGGUUUACUGAUAAGGAGGUCGAUGAACUUUUCCGUGAAGCACCAAUUGAUACUAAGGGCAAUUUCAACUAUGUUGAAUUUAUUCACAUACUGAAACGUGGUGCCAAGGACAAAGCUGACUAA